UUUCCUUCUCCAGGACUUCUAGUCCCCAGAGAAUAUGUGAUCUCUUACUUUAAUCAAAGAAAAUCACAAUGGUUGCUGGACCAAGAAGGCCUGAGGAGCUGCUCUCCAGAAAGAGAAAUAAGAUUUGAAAUGAAGGAAAGUACUCCAGAGCUAACUCUUUCUGUAGUAGAAACUCACAAGCAAAGCAUAAUCAGUGAUAGUCCUGGUAACUUCACUUGGAAAGAUAUCUGUGAUAUACUUGAGAAAAUCCACAGUAGAGAGAAACCUUAUGAGCAGAAUAAAAAUGGAAAAGUUUUCAAAAAAAGGUGGGCUCUUAAUGGAUAUAAAAGAAUCUACAUACCUCUUGAAUAUAACCAAUAUGGAAAGACUUUCAAAUAUAAAAAUAGUUUUCCUCUUCAUCAGAAAAUCCACACUGGAAAGAAACGUUAUGAAUGUAAUCAAUGUGGAAAGAUGUUUAGUCAUAAAGGAACUCUUACUGUACAUCAAAGAAUCCACACUGGAGAGAAACCUUAUGAAUGUAGCCAGUGUGGAAAAGCUUUUACUAAAAAAGCAUAUCUUACUGUACAUCAGAGAAACCACACUGGAGAGAAACCUUAUGAAUGUAAACAGUGUGGGAAGAUUUUUAGUCGUAAAGGAACUCUUACUGUACAUCAGAGAAUCCACACAGGAGAGAAACCUUAUGAAUGUAACCAGUGUGGAAAGGCUUUUAUAGAAAGUGGAACUCUUAAUAGACAUCAGAGAAUCCAUACAGGAGAGAAACCUUAUAAAUGUAAUCAAUGUGGAAAGGCUUUUACAAAAAAGGAAUCUCUUACUGCACAUGCGAGAAUCCACACUGGAGAAAAGCCUUAUGAUUGUAACCAGUGUGGAAAAGCUUUUACAGAAAGGAAAUCUCUUACUGGACAUCAGAGAAUCCACACUGGAGAGAAACCUUAUGAAUGUAACCAAUGUGGAAAGUCUUUCACAAAAAAGGAAUCUCUUAUUAUACAUAAGAGAAACCACACUGGAGAAAAACCUUAUAAGUGUAACCAAUGUGGAAAGGCUUUUACAGAAAGUGGCACUCUUACUGUACACCAGAGAAUCCACACUGGAGAGAAACCUUAUGAAUGUAACCAAUGCGGAAAGGCAUUUAGUCAUAAAGGAACUCUUACUGUACAUCAAAGAAACCAUACUGGAGAGAAACCUUAUGAGUGUAAUCAAUGUGGAAAGGCUUUUACAGAAAGUGGAGGUCUUAACAGACAUCAGAGAAUCCAUACAGGAGAGAAACCUUAUAAAUGUAACCAAUGUGGAAAGACUUUUACAAAAAAGGAAGCUCUUACUGGACAUCAGAGAAUCCACACUGGAGAGAAACCUUAUGAAUGUACCCAAUGUGGAAAAGCUUUUACACAAAGUGGAGCUCUUAACAGACAUCAGAGAAUCCAUACAGGAGAGAAACCUUAUAAAUGUAACCAAUGUGGAAAGACUUUUACAAAAAGGGAAGCUCUUACUGGACAUCAGAGAAUCCACACUGGAGAGAAACCUUAUGAGUGUAACCAAUGUGGAAAGACUUUUAGUCAUAAAGGAACUCUUACUAUCCAUCAGAGAAUCCACACUGGAGAAAAACCUUAUAAAUGUAACCAUUGUGGAAAAGGUUUUACAAAAAAGGCAGCUCUUACUGUACAUCAGAGAAACCACACUGGAGAGAAACCUUAUGAAUGUAACCAAUGUGGAAAGGCUUUUACAGAAAGUGGAAUUCUUAAUAGACAUCAAAGAAUUCAUACAGGAGAGAAACCUUAUAAAUGUAACCAAUGUGGAAAGACUUGUACAAAAAAGGACUCUCUUACUGAACACCAGAGAAUUCAUAUUGGAGAGAAACCUUAUGAAUGUAACCAAUGUGGAAAGGCUUUUACAAAAAAGGAUGCUUUUACUAAACAUCAGAGAAUCCACACUGGAGAGAAACCUUAUGAGUGUAACCAGUGUGGAAAGAUUUUUAGGCAAAAGGGAGCUCUUACUGGACAUGAGAGAAUCCACACUGGAGCGAAACCUUAUGAAUGUAACCAUUGUGGAAAGGCUUUUCGUUAUAAAAGAUCUCUUACUAGACAUCAGAGAAACCUCAAAGGAGAAAAACCUUAUAAAUGUAACCAAUAUGGAAAGGCUUUUAAUAUAAAAAAUAGGAUUGGUUUUUGUCAGAUCUAUGAAGAAAGGUAAAAGCAUUAAAAUAAGGAGGAAAUGACUUAGAUAGAGAGCACUGGGACAAGACGUACUAGUGCUGAUGCUUUCCAUAUUUAGCCUUUUUUAGCUAAAAUGCUAUAUGGAGGGUGAGGAAGAAAAAAGAAAAGAUGACUAGGGAUAGCAGACAACUUCUUAGGCAUAUUGGAUCCUUCUUUUCCACCUAGUCAUCUCCUUGCAAGGCAGCAAGGUAUAAUGGAAAGAUCCCUACAUUUGGACUCAGAAGACAUGGGUUGAAAUUCUAGUACUGCUGUGGUCUUGAGAAAAUAAUUUAACUUAAAUGGGUCUCAGUGCAUUUAAGUUAGAUUAGGGUUUCUUCUUGUUCUAAAUCCUUUGAUCCUCUGGAUCUGAGAAACCAAAAAGCAUUUUAAAAAUGAAGUCUACCAUUCUUUGGAAUUGUCUUGGAUCAUUGUGUUGAUCAGAGUAGCUAAGUUUUUUACAUUAGUCAUCUUUAUAAUUGCUGUUACUAUGUACACUGUUCUCCUGGUUCUGUUCACUUUGUGGCAGUUCAUGUGUGUUUUCCCAGGUUUUUCUGAAGCCAUUCUGUUCAUCAUUUCUUAUAGCAAAAUAAUAUUCUUUCAUGAUCAUAUAUCUAAUUAAAACUUUUACAGAAAAAAAAAA